AUGCUACCGUCAUCGCGCAAGAUACUGCUGAUCUUCACCUUCUUUGCCGCCGUACUUCUAAUCUUCUAUCGCAGCUUGCCACCUACGUACAAUUUACCACUCAGCCUAGGAAUACCUGAAGGGGGAGAAGAAAAGCCGGUAUUCAUUGAAUCGGACGAUGGCAGGUUCCACUGGAGUCAAGCUACGCAGCGGUAUCCGGUAGAGUCCCUAAUGUCCAUGCCCACGGACGUCACGGAGAUCCCCCGCAUACAGCAUGACUUCCCACCGGAACCGGCAGAGGCCCGGAAAGUGCGCUUGGAGCGCCUCGAUCAGAUCAAAGCAGAGUUUAUCCACGCCUGGACGGGGUACAAGGAGCAUGCAUGGCUCAAGGACGAAGUGGCUCCCAUCUCCGGCGAGGCUCGCGAUACAUUCGGCGGCUGGGCAGCAACCCUCGUCGACUCUCUUGGUAACCUCCUCCCAGACGCUCCCACGCUCUUCAUGAGCCCAAAACCUCACCUGUGCCAAAACACAGACACGCUCUGGAUCAUGGGCCUCAAGCCCGACUUCGAAGACGCCGUCGCCGCCGUCAACGCCAUCGACUUCUCCACCAACGCGCUGACCGAGCUCAACGUAUACGAAGCCACGACCCGGCACCUCGGCGGGCUCCUGUCCGCGUACGACGUCAGCGGCGGGCAGUACCCGACGCUGCUCCAGAAAGCGUGGGAGCUGGGCCACAUGCUGUACGCGGCCUUCGACACGCCCAACCGGAUGCCCGUGACGCGAUGGAACUUCCACAACGUGGCCAACGGCGGCGAGCAGGCGCAAGAAGCGUCCGACGCUGCCCUCUCGGCGGAGCUGGGGUCCCUCACGCUGGAGUUCACGCGGCUGUCGCAGCUGACGGGCGACCUGCGCUUCUUCGACGCUGCCCAGCGCAUCAUGGAUGUCUUUGACGAGCAGCAGAACCGCACCAAGAUGCCGGGGCUGUGGCCGGUUGCUGUCAACGCCAGGAAUCUCGAUUUCACGGCUUGGGAUUCCUUUACCGUCGGUGGCAUGGCAGACUCGCUGUACGAGUAUCUUCCAAAGGCAUGUAUAAUAUCCCCCCAACGUCGUCCUUUCUACUCCACCAUCACCUGUCCCCAACACCUCCUCCUCUCCGCCGCAACCCCCCAAUACCGCAAGCUCUUCGAAACCGCAGCCGUUCCGAUGAAGCAACACAUCUUCUACACCCCCAUGACACCCGACAGUAACAACAGACCCCCCCUCCUCCUAUCCGGCGACGUCCAGAUCUCCACCGCCGAUGACCCAGCCAUCACGCCGCUCCUCGACCCACGCACCCAGCACCUCAGCUGCUUCAUCGGCGGCACCUUUGCCCUCGCCGGCAAGCUAUUCGACGACGGCAAGCCCAGCGACAACAAGCCCAUCGACGACAAUGACGACAACCUCGUCGCCACCGGCCGCCGCCUGACCGAAGGCUGCCUCUGGGCGUACGAGAGCAGCCCCAACGGCGUGAUGCCCGAGGUCAUGCGCACUUUGGUUUGCGCGAGUGAUGGGGACGGCGAUGGCGACGGCGAUGGCGACGGCGGAGGAGAAAGAGGAGGAAAAGGAGGAAGAGGAGGAGGAAAAGGAGGGUGUGCCUGGGAUGAGGGGGAGUGGUUGAGGGGCGUCGAGGCUGGGGUGCGGGGUGAGGACGGCGGAGGCGUAGGCGGGGGUGAUGAUGAUCAGCGGGCGGGGCGAGGGGUGGAUGGGGAUGUGGAUGUGGCAGCUGUGGCGCGGGAGAAGGGGUUGGCGCCGGGCGUGACGAGGGUGGAGGAUGGGCGGGGUGGCUUGCGUCCCGAAGCGAUCGAGUCCAUCUUCACCCUCUACCGCAUCACCGGCGACGAGACGCUCCGCGACCGCGCCUGGACAAUCUUCACCAACGUCAUCCGGCUGACAAGGACGGAUAUCGGGCACGCCGAGCUCGACGACUGCGUUGCGAACGAGCCGCUGCCGAAGGCCGACCGGAUGGAGUCGUUCUGGCUGGGCGGGACGCUCAAGUAUUUCUACUUGCUCUUCUCCGAGCCCGACGUGGUGAGCUUGGAUGAGUACGUUUUGAAUACCGAGGCGCACCCCUUGAGGUGGAAGCCGGCAUCAUCGGGUUGA